AUGUUCGAGACUCCCAGCGCGCUGCGCUUCCAGGAGGGCAACCGCAAGAAGAGCGGCGGCUUCCAGGGCCUCAACGAGCCUCUGCUCACCUCGUCGAGCUCUCGCUCGAGCCUCGCGGGCGCGCCCGCGUGGUGGAUCGCGUGGGCGAUGCUCCCGGUCGCCGUUGCGCAGCUGCUGCUCGGCGCCGGUGAGAAGGUGCUGUUUGCGCGGAUGGCGGGCGCGACGCCCAACGGCGCGCUCGUGGUGCACACCGUCCUCACCCUGCUCAACGUGCUGCUAUACGCCCUCCUCCGCCUCGCGCGCGCGCAAUCGUCCGCCGGCCAGGUUCCGGCGCAGCUGCGGCGGCUGCGGCCGGCGAGGCUCGCAGCGAUGGGCGUGCUCGACGCGCUCCACUCGCUCCUGCUCAUCGACUCGGCCGCCUCGCUGCGCGGCAUCACGCAGGCGGUGCUGGCGCAGGCGUCGCUCCCGUUCACCGUCGGCUUUGCGUGCAUCGCGUGGGCGCACACCGCGCAGCUGCUCGACGCUCGCUACUCGCAGCCGGUGGGCGGCACGUCGGAGGCGCUCGUAUCUAUGGAACUGCUCAAGGCUCCUCUCAAGCUCGAGGAGUAUGGCGAGCUGCCGGGGCCCGACGAGGCGGGCAUCGCGCGGGCAGGCAGCGGCGUCGCGACGAUCUGCGACCCUCACUGCCACCCGUCGCCGCCCGCGCGCGACUACCAGCGCGACAGAGACUACCAGAGGGAGCCAGCCUCGCACUCGGACGCCGAAGACGCGCGCGUCAUCUACGUCGUCGCCGUGGGUGUCUCUGUCUGCUCGAGCACGCUCAAGCUCGCCAGCGCGCCCGUCGACUUGCUUGUCCUCAACUCGUGGCUGCCUCUCGCGCAGUCGGCGGCCGGGCUGCUGCUUGGCCCGCUGCUGCUGCAGGCGCUGCACGGCCGCCCCGUCGCAGAGACGCUGGCGCACCUCGGCCGCUCGCUGGGCUGCUUGCUCUCGUCGCUCGCCCAGGCGAUGUUUGACGGGCCCGACAAGCUCGAUUGGGGCCACAGCGACCGCCACGACCGCCCCUCUGACUAUUACCACCCGGCGACUGUCCCCGCGCCGGUCGCGGCGACCGUGGGCGAGGCGCAGCUCGCGCGCGGCGAAGACGAGCGCUGGACGUGCAGCGCGGAGGUGUCGCGCGUGCUGCCGCUCCUGCUCCUCUUCUUCAUCACCUCGUCGCUGUGGGGCGGCCUCUCGCUCCUCCUCCUCCGCUGGGGCCCUCCCUCGCUGCUGCACGCCGCCUCGGUGCUGCUGCUGCCGCUGACCGUCCUGCUGUUUGUGCGGCCCGGUGUCGGGCGAUACGGGUCUUGGUUCCUCGCUCCGCCCGAGCCGCUGGGCAUGCAGGAGGCGGCUGCGGGUGCGGCGCUGGUUGUCGCGCUCCUCGUCUACCACUCUGGCCAGAUCUUGCACGGCUCCGAGGAGGGCGGCGACCAGGGAGGCGGCGGAAGUGGCGGCGCGUCGCCGGACGAGGAGGAGCCUCACGCAGCGGCGGCGGCAGAGGUGCCGUCGCUGCACCCGUCGGCGGCGUCGUACCGGUCGUGCACAACCGCCUCCAACAGCACUUCCGACGCGACGACCACGGCAGCGAGCCAGCAGCAGACGCCCCUGCAACCGAGGCCGCCAGCGCUGGCCCCCUCUGAUGAGCCGGUGCCUCCGCUGGAGCAGCAGCCAGAGGUACCGCCGCCGCCGCCAGCUUUCGUGCCGGCCGCGGCUCCGGUGGCGGGUGGGUACUCUCCCGAGCCGGAGUCGCCGCCGUCGCCGCUGGAUCGCCAGCUGCAGAUGGCGCCAAAGCCCGUGGCUGCCGGCCACGCGGCGUACGCGGCACCGUUCCCCUCACGGGUCGCAUCUGACGGUCUGGCGGAGGGGCUUGAGCGCGACUGCAGCCCGACGCCGGGCGCGAGCAGCCCUCGCUCGCCGGUGCGUGCGGGCGUGGCGGUGCCGGGGGCGGGCCCAGCAGCGCUCUCCCCCGGAGGCGCCGACUCGGAGUCCAUCUUCAGCCUGAGCUUCCCUGGAGGGCGCGGCAGCCCGCCUGACGACGAGUGA